AUGGAUGAAAAGGAAGAGCCCAAUGGUGACAAAGUCCAUGUCCAGAAGAAAAGGAUGAGAAGGCAUUCAGUGCAGCACGUCCUGUGCUUCGGAAAUUGCUCCCUUUGGUUGAAGGAGCCCAAACCCAUCGAUGGGCAAGUGUCCUCCUGGGAGCGGGGCUGGAGGAAGGCUUGGAAGAUGAAAGCACCUGCAGAUGCAGACAGUACAUUCCACACGUGGCAUGCUUUCCGGCAUCCUUUCAUUUUGAUUCUACUGUUUUGUUUUGUUUUUUUAUUACAGUUCUUUGAGGUUCCAUUUGACUCAAAUAUGAACAGGACAAAAAACAGACCACUGGUGCGAGGACAGAUCAGCCCUCUGCUCGCCGUCUGCUUCGCUGCGUCCUGCGGAGUCCCAGGCAUCGCCCUGCUGACGCUGGGAGUCAACCCUCUCACCGGGGCCCUGGGAGCCUUCAACAUCUUCUUGUACACGUGUUGUUACACGCCCAUGAAGAGAAUGAGCAUCGCCAACACGUGGGUGGGAGCUGUCGUCGGUGCCAUCCCCCCCGUCAUGGGCUGGACUGCGGCGACGGGCAGUCUCGAUGCUGGUGCAUUGCUGUUAGGAGGAAUCCUCUACUCCUGGCAGUUCCCUCACUUCAACGCGCUGAGCUGGGGUCUGCGGGAGGAUUACUCGCGGGGAGGAUACUGCAUGAUGUCCGUCACCCACCCCGCGCUGUGCCGGCGCGUGGCUCUGCGGCACUGCUUGGCCUUAAUCGGACUCUCGACGCUGGCUCCUGUUCUUGACAUCACCACGUGGACUUUCCCCAUCAUUUCGCUCCCAAUUAACCUCUACAUCUCCUACCUCGGCUUUCGGUUCUACCGGGACGCGGACCGCAACAGCUCCAGGAAGCUUUUCUUCUGCAGUCUGUGGCAUUUGCCCAUGCUGCUGCUCGUCAUGUUCACCUGCAAGAAAUCGUUCCUGGAGAAGGAAGACAAAGGCGAUCUGCUCGGUGGAAAUCACGGGAGGGCUAUGGAAAUUAGAUUGCCUUAA